AUGAGCAUAUUUGGGGAGCAGUAUCACACGGCCGUGCAAAAGAUACAAUCUGCGCAGUUACCUGCCAUCGAGAUUUCCGCACUCUUUUCAUUUGUACAUUCCGCAGUUGUGCCAAAUGACGCUGGUCGCUAUGUCCUCCAGCAGUUAUCCGAGAACCCUCGGCGUACUCUAGAGGAGACUUUGCGUUCAAUUCGGGAAGAUUGGAUGACGUUGGCACUGAAACGCAGCAUACUUACUGUUGAGCUAGUGAGCCCCGAUGAAGUGCCUUGUGAAAUCAAAGCUGCUCUUAAUGAACGAGAUGGUCAUCGUUGCCGUGUCACAGGCUCAGACACUGAUGUCAAACCUACAUAUAUUGUUGCUCCGUCGGUUGUGCAUGACGCUGACUUGCGCUCUGGGGGUUAUUUGCGCCCUCUCUUAGACGCCCUCGUCUCUAGCAAGCAGGUGGAAGAAAUGUUGGAAAUGCUCAAGGAGCGCAACCAAAGAAAUGAGCUACGAAAUCUCUGGCUCAUGGCCCAGCCAGUACGAACUGCUUUCCGAUACGGGAGCUUCAAAAUUCACAAGCCGCCUUAUUUAGAAACGCCGAGUGCUCGCAUACCAAACGUAAAGAAUGACGGUUGGCAGAUUCAGGCAGUGCCACCUACUGGUCGCCUACCAUUCACUCUAGAUGGCCACGGCUCAUUUUAUACGGUGCCGUCGACGCCAAAUCCCGACACUCACCUAUUACCGGCAAGGGUUCUGCUAAAUAUCCAAGGCAUCAUUUCAAUCCCUCUACAUUUCUCCGUUAUAGAACAGCAGAUUCGAGAUGGCUGGCCCCCGAUCACCCAAGGUCGCGAACAUACCGCAAAUGAGGCAAACGCAUUGCUGUUGGUGGAGAGAUAUACAUCAAUAAAUGCACCAAGGCUAAUUGAUUCUGUCAUGAGUGACAACAAAUCAGGUUUCAUUCUGAUGACAACAAUAACCGGAAACCCUUUGAAUCUGGUAUUCUAUCGGACAACAUACGAAGAGCGAGAGCAAAUAGGGAAGGAUCUGGCCGAAUGGAUUCAACAACUGCGGCGCAUUCCAAACCAAACAAAUUACCUUAUUGCUAACACUCUGGGUGGCCCGAUCAGCGAUCAUCGAUACGGCCAAGGAGAAGCUUGGGGCCAUACAAUUCAAUUUCAGAUUUCACUGAUCGACUCCUUCAAGAUGUUCAAGGGAGCAAAAUGA